AUACACAGCCUCCAAUUAAACUGGAAGCUUGCAUAAAACACCCAGUAAACAACUUAGUGAACUGUGGAGCUUCAUAUCACUGCCACGUGAAUCUAAUCAUUUCAUAUCUGAUAUAAAUGACUUGCAAAACAAUAUGCGGUCAUGUCUUUCUCUCGUCCUGAUUCUGCCGAGUUCAGCAUAUUUUGUCGACAUAUUGCAAAAAAAAAUAGUCUUGACCAUAUCUCUACACUUAAACCUAUCCUUACCCAUGAGUAGUCACUAAAAUCAGAUUUAAUAACAGCAGCAUACACCUCCGAAAACCUGAUUUUACCAAGAAAAGUUACGCGCAGGGGAUUGAGUUGCGCGUUACGCAUUGAGUGGCGCCCAGCGUUUUUAUGGAAUAUUACGAAAUACUGUAUGCAUGGAAUCAGGUGGAGAUGAGAUAAGAGCCCAGACUCAUCGGGACCGGUCAGGAGGAUGGGGGCGGAGUCUCGUCACUGUCUCCCGCGGAUAAAUGAUCGCGUUCAGAACCGGAGACGCGUCGCGCAGACCCUCCACUUCAGAGACUCGCUCCGAGGAGAGGACUUGACACGCUCGGGGUGGACAUGGGUCCGGAGGAACGCGCCCCGUGUCGCGCGCAGGGGUCACGCGCCCCGACGCGCGCCGCCCGAGAGCUGCAGAUGGACCCAGCAGUGACUCGACCGGUGGAGGAAAGUCUGGAGGCGUAUAUGAGGAACAGACAUCUGUCUUUCAGAGCCAUAGAAGAUAUUCCUUUAGUUUGGUAUGGAAGAGAUCUGACCAAACUCCUUGACCUCAGCACACAGCGGCUGACCACACAAGGUUUAACUUGCUCUGAAUGCAAGCAGGGCUUUCUCUCUGAAUCGAAGUCUGCACACAAGAGAUUUUUCUGCGUAAAGAAACCGACAAGUUUCUUGAAGAAAACCACCGUCCCCGAAGUUCAAAGCAGCAAACCUGCCACGAACUUUCAUAAUUUAGCACGAGAGCUGGAGAGCUGCAGGACACGGGGCCACAGGGACGCGAGGAGCCCUAAAAGAAGACGCUCUGUCGAAUCGGACCCAGACGAGAGCGACUCUGAUGGGUUCUCAAUCAGCGGGGGCCCGGGUUCUCCAACAGACCGCUCUGCGUUCACACGAGCGUCCGGCCACGUUCAGGCUCUCAGCGCGUUCACACAGCCUCCUCCUCGUAUCCCGGUAACGUCAGCCGGUCUGACCCGUGACCCCGCGGCUGACCGGACCCCCGUCCUGCCCAUCCUCCUCCACGCCGCACGCCUGUGGCCCAGGACCCCUCCUCGUCCCCCGUCUCUGUCCGUCCAGAACCGGUGCGCUAGAUGCAGCGUUUCUUUCCACGUGACAUCGGACCUGGUCCAACACAUGAGGUCCCACCACAAGAGAGCGCUGUCCGGGGACCAGAGACUGAAGUGUCCUGGAUGUAAGGAAACCUUCAGAGAGCGCCAUCACCUGUCACGUCACAUGACCUCGCACACAUGACCUCAGAGAAAUGGUUUUUUACAUGCAUAAGAGCAUGGAGAGGCAUCAAUUUUUUUUAAACAUAAAAGUUGUUUAAAAUUUAGAUUUAUUAGGCAUUUCUUUUAUAUUACGUAAAUGUUUGAAGUUUAAAGCUUAUUCGGGUCUAUUGGAUAAAAUUAUGCAAAUUUUUUGGGGUAAAUUUUUAGAAAUGCUGUUUUUUCUUGUUUUACGAGACACUAUGUAUUUUACUUGUAUACUUAAAUUAAAAAAACGCCAUUUGAAAACAUCA